UGCACCAGCGCCGAGGAGCUGGAGCAGGAGCGGAGCAAGCUGUCGGUAGACACUCUGCAGUUCCUGCUCUUCCUGUACGUCCAGCAGGUGAACAAGGUUUCUUUGCGAAGGUCUCUGAUCGGGGAGGAAUGGCCCAGCCCCAGGAUCAAGUCUCCCAGUCUGUCAGGAAAAUCUACCAGCGAGAAUAAGAACUGGAAUGAUCAGGACCACUGCGCCUUUGUGCAGAGCCACCUCUUGGAUAUGCUGGAACUGCUGCUGGAGCCAGAGCAGCUCACUGCCUCCUCCCAUUCCACCCACAGCAGCGUGGUGUCCUACGAAGCUGUCUGUGCCCUCAGCUUUCUUAUUGAAGGGACCCUGAACAAAUCCAGGACGGUCUAUCCUCUGCACGAGCUUGCCCUCUGGCAGCCCUGCCACAGGCGAAAUGGGUACUCAAAGGUCUCCAGAGCCUUCUCUUUCUCCAAGCUAGAGAGCUGGCUGCGGUCUUGCCUGACGACAAACCCUUUUGGAAUGACUGCCUGCUUCAAGUCCGGGAAGAAACUUGCAUGGGCACAGCAAGUUGAAGGAACCACCAAGAGAGCAAAGAUUGCCUGUAAUACUUGUGUGGCACCGGCGGCGUUCCCCAUGGUGAUAAUGAGCCAGGUGUACAAACAGACACUGGCCAAGAGCUCCAGCACCUUAGUGGGGGCUCAUGUAAGAAUUCAUCGGUGCAAUAAGUCCUUCAUUUAUCUCCUCUCUCCUCUCCGAUCUGUGACCAUUGAGAAGUGCCGGAAUAGCACUUUUGUCCUUGGCCCUGUGCAGGCAUCUGUUCAUGUCCACAGCUGUGACAACGUCAAGGUCAUUGUGGUUUGCCAUCGUUUGUCCCUUUCUUCCACCACUGGCUGUACUUUUUACAUUCUUACGCCUACCCAGCCUCUCAUCCUCUCGGGGAACCAAGCAGUCAGCUUUGCCCCUUUCCACACCCAUUAUCCAAUGCUUGAAGACCACAUGGCUCAGGUGGGCUUGGCCACUCUGCCAAACUACUGGGACAGCCCCAUGCUGGUGUGCAAGGAGAGCAGCGACACAAGUAUCUUCCGCCUCCUGCCACCCUCAGACUUCUACACCUUUGUGAUUCCUUUUGAGAUGGAAGGAGACACCACUGAGACGCCGGGUGGGCUUCCCCACGCGUAUCGGAAGGCGCUGAGUCAGAGAGAACAGAAGGUACAGAUCUGGCAGAAAAUGGUGAAGGAGGCAGGCCUGACCAAGGACCAGAGGAAACAGUUCCAGAUACUGGUAGAAAAGAAAUUCUAUGAGUGGCUGUUUCAGACAGGCAACCAUCAGCAGCUGGAUAGCCUUGUCCCUCCUGCAGUAGGCUCCAAGCAGGCAGCUGGAUAACAUCACAUUCCUGUGCAGCAAGAGGAAAGGAAGAAGUUCUGGGAACAGGCAGCCAUACCCUGAAAGCAGUUCUCAUUAAGACUUUGUGGACAUCCUGACUGAACACACUUGGUGUGGAUCUGA